ACGAACAUCUCCUCCUAACCCAACAUCAACCUCGCUCAACAACCCCUGCUCGCUUCGGUUGCGCGACUUCAUUGUCCUGCUACCGUAAGUCACCACAAACAAUCAACCACCACCCGCCGUUUACAACAGCGGGUACUGCAUUUAUUCCUCCGGGAAUAAUUCAUCAAGAAAUCCUUCACAACGGACGGCCCAAGUAGUUCACGAGCCAAAAUGGCACUCCACUCGGCAGGCGCUGUUAGGGAGAAGAAACAAUCUAUGGCGGAGUUGAAGUUGAGGCGGUUAACAGAGUUGAACGCCCGGCUACGCGAGGACUUGGACAGACCGAGGAUCAAGGUCUCGGACGCUUGUCAGUCUCUGAUCAACUACACGCGUACAACGAAGGACUUCAUGGUACCAUCCACCUGGGGAACUGUCGACAAGCGGGAGGACCCUUACGCCCCGCAGCAGAGUGCCGGAUGCUGUGUGAUCUGUUAACCUACGAACGGAGCUGGCUCGACCG